AUGAAGGUACUAAACGAUAUUCCUCCCUGCGCGCAUGCCCAGGACCUAACCUCCAAACAUAACCACAAGCGGCCCUGUGAAGAUCUAUCUCUCCCAUCUCCAAAACGACCGCGAUCAUUCAACCCUGCCUUUUCUCUUGAACAUCCUGUGAUAGAGUAUUCGAUAUAUACGACUAGUGCGGAGAGUGACAGACCGAUUAGAUAUUGGUGCGAGCACAAAAGUUGGCCUAAGGAAUAUUUCGUACAACAAGUGGCACCAACUAAAGACAUGAGUUACCCUCUUGCAAGAAAAAAGUCUUCAGCUUCUCUUCAUCGCAAGAGCUCCAAUUCAAGUCUUGCUACAGGCUCCAACACACCCGCUGAUCGAGAGUCAAGAAACGGGAAAAGCGCAAAGUAUUGGAGCACUUCCUAUGAAACCGUCCUAGCAAUCAAAGGCAGCUUUAUGCGCAAAUCAGACCUGGGUAUUACGGAAAAGAGUAAACUUCUCUGUAAGGAUUUACUGGAGAGUGAUCAACCAAUUCCCGAACACACGUUGUUUCGAGACGAUACAUUCGAUGAAGUCUGUCAAAGGCUUCAAGGAAAGAAUGAAUCUAGGGUUAUUCAAGAUAUAAGCCGAUUAAUUGUCCCCUCAGCAGAGACUCUCGCGGUAGAUGGUGCCGAGAAUUUAAAACAUCUAGUUGAGAGUGUCAAUGAGCGCUGGGGAUCGUCUAUCGCCUUCUACGGACCACUCCCGCAGCCCGACUACGCCGUCGCAUUUGACCGAUCUGCGUUCACAGACGACCAACUGAAAAAAUUCGAACCCUUUCUUGGAUACGACCCGGACACCUACAGCUCCCUCUUUUUGGGCACCUUCUACAUGUACUUUCCCUUUCUGACAUGUGAGGUUAAGGGUACCGCUGCACUCGAUAUUGCCGACCGGCAGAAUGCGCACAGCAUGACUCUUGCCGUGAGAGGGGUCGUCGAGCUGCUUAGGUACGUGGGGCGUGGAGACGAGGUUAACCGCGAGAUCCUGGCUUUCUCUCUCUCGCAUGACCAUAGGACAGUGAGAAUCUAUGGACAUUAUCCCGUCAUCGAUGGAGAUAAGAUAUCGUUCUAUCGGCAUCCUAUUAGGACAUUUGAUUUUACAGAGCUGGAGGGGAGAGAUAAGUGGACUACAUACAAGUUUAUCAGGAAUGUGUAUGAAAAAUGGGCACCAGAGCACCUGCAAAGAAUACGCUCUGCUAUUGACGAAAUCCCUCCUGGGGUGAAUUUUAGUAUCUCGAAUUCGGCUCCCGAUCUCCCUCAGCCAAGCACUCCACCUGUUGUAGAUGAAGAUGAAGUUACAUCCAAUACAUCCUUUACUCGACAGACACAAAUUUUGAAACGGCCUAGGAAUCACUAA